AUGGCCAAGCUGAAUCUGCAGGGAGAUGAAUUGACUCGACUGUUUAAAGCUUUCAGCAGCAAGCACAGCUAUCUAUGCUUUGAAGAGCUGCUUCUCGGUCUGGCAGCUCUGGACACGACCACACCACACAGCGGAACUGCAUUGAAAUUUCGACUUGGUUUCAUCUUUCGCUACUACGACACCAAUGGCACUGGAAAGCUGAAACUGGCUGAUUUGUCUCAGUUGAACAACGAUAUCGUCGCCAAGAACAAAGACAAUGAGCACUUUAAGUCAGGUGAAGUGGCCAAAAUGGUGAGCAGCUUCUUUUCAAACGCCAUCAGUCGAUCACCAGAGACGUACCUAGAUAUGGAGCAGUUUAUCGCACAGGUGACUGCAAACAAAACUAUCUGCCAGCUGACCAGCAUUAUCUUUCGUUCAUCAAGCAACAUUCUUUUGGUUAUUUCCAUCAAAUUUGACUAUGGCUCGACGUCAGUGUACGCCAACAAGUCAGUGCUGGCUUCAAUGGCGCUGCAAGCGCGGUACAACAAAGCUUGUCAAAUCUGCCGUGGUACCCGAUUUACCGUUUUAGGCGAAGCUAUACUAAUUUCUCUGAACGGCGAGGUGUCUCGACUGAUCAACCUUCAGGUAGAGCAUCAAUCCGAGUCGAGCAGUGUACUGUCACGAUCAGUUGAAACACCCCGAGACAAGAUACCAUUCGCAAUGGAAAUCAAACGUGACGAUUUGUACGAUUUAGCGCUCAUUAUGGUGAACAAGGUGACCAGUUUGGGAAAGCACUUCUUUAGUCACAACCAACAGGAGACGCUUGAAGAGGUAACCAAGCUGUGGUACUUCUCCAGCGGUGUUCAGUUUCAAGACGCAAUCAUGAAGAUUCUCAGUGCUGGCCGAUCGCGCAUGCAACAAGAGAGCAAAAUUGUUGCCGCCAGCUCUCCCUGUCUUGUCAUCAGUGGUCUUUACGGCAAUCUAAAAGAUCUGCUCGUAUACGCCCACUUGCUGUGGAAUACGUCUCCACGAAUCAACAAGUUCACCUACAUCUUCCUGGGCAACCUCAUUGGCACACAGCCCCACAGUCUAGAGUGUCUCAUUUACAUUCUCUGCAUGAAAAUACUCACUCCUCAUCGGUUUAUUCUUCUACGUGGCAUUCAAGAGUGCCCACCUGGACAGACAACUGACAAUGCUUUCUACAAGCAAUGUGUUGAUCGAUUCGCCAAUGAGGAUGUCUGGAACUUGGCUAGUGAGGUAUUCAACUUUAUGCCUCUCGGUGCCACCAUUGAGGAGAAGAUAUUCUGCUCUUCAUCGGGGUUUCCUUGCACUAAGCAAUCGCUGCAAAGUAUCAAUUCAACAAUGGAGCGAAACCUCAGCAGUCCACUGAAGGAUGCAUGCGCACGUGACAUUCUGUAA